UUUGACAAUUUUGACAUUCGUGCGGUUGAGUAAAAACUAAAAAGAAAAAUAUUUUUAUUUGCUUUCAAUCACUUUCAAUACAAAACACAAAUAAACAUCAAUAUGUUAGAAAUUUUAGAUCAGUAGUUCAGAGUUGCUAUUUUAUCUUCUCCUUUGGCUUUUUGAUUAUCUGAAACUUUCUAGCUUUGGAAUUUAGGCUACAAAUACCCAAAUAUCUAUAGAAGGAUAAGAAACUUCAUGUGAAAUUGCUGUAACAUUUCUUGGGAAUAUGGCUUCAAGAAGAACUAGAAUUAAGGGCAUUGCUAACAUACCACCAAGAAAAAAGCCUACUCCAAUUGAAGAAAAUUCUAUGGAAAGCAAGAUAAAGUUGGAUCAAGGUAGCAAUGAGGCAAAAUCUGGUAAAAGUAGUAGGGAACUGGAACAUGAAGAAACUGGAGAUCUCUCAAAUAAAGAUAAACUUAUUGGUAAUAGCUCAGAAACGCAAGCUUCAGAUUGUAAAUUCAAUACAAAUUAUGAUAAAAUUCAAUCUGAUCCUGAACUUGUUUACUCUGUUGAUGAUCUUAAUAUUCCAAGUUCUGAUACUAAUGAAAAACCUUUAAAUAACGAUUUGCAAAAUUCAAAUACUACAACUGAGAAUAAGCUUAAUGAACCUGCUCUUGUCAGAAGAAAGUUUUUAAAGCCAAAGGUAAAUCUAAAAUUUGAAAACAAUAAUAGAAAUGUAGCAACAGAAAGUAAACCUACUGAGGAAAUCCCAAUUAUAGAACCUAUUCCAAGUUUGUCAAACCUCCAAUCCAAAUCAAAAGAUUUGAAUGAAUAUUCUUCAACAGCUACAAUGACUGAAACUGAAACAGCUUUAAUGCCCACCGAACCUGCUGAUGCAAAACCCGUUGUCAGAAGAAAAUUUCUAAAGCCAAAAGUGAACUUAAAUUUCAAAACCACCAAAAAAAAUGUAGGCGUUGUUGAAACUGAGAUUUCCAAUGAAACUCCAGCAGUAACUUCAGAAUAUCCAAAUCCCUCUAUUCAAAUGAAAAAAGGAUAUUCAAAUGACCAUUUAGAUAAUACAACAACUGAAAAUGAAACGGCUACAAUUUCUGUUGGGGUGAAACCUGGAACUGAAAGCAAUAUUGUAGAAGUGCCAAAAAUUACAGAAGUUUCAGGUCCUUCUGAGGUUGAAUCAAAAUUAGAUGAAUUACAUGACGAUUCAACUGAAAAAAAGACAAAUGAACCUUCCGAAUUAAAACCCAUUGUCAGAAGAAAGUUUUUAAAGCCAAAAGUAAACUUGAAUUUUAAGAAUAUAAACAGGAAUGUAGCUGAUGGCUCUAAAGAAAUCUCGACUACUGAGGAAAUUCCAAGAUUCACAAAAACUGAUUCAAACCCAUUAAAUGAUCAAAAUGAAUCAGCAGGCAGACAAAAAGUUAUAGUGUUAAGUGAAAUUAGGAUAUUAUCGAAUAAAGCUGCCCAAUUAAAUUCAGAAACAGCCAAUAGUGCUACUAUGCCGAAUGCUGAUCUGAUGUCAAAUGAAACUCAAUUUGAUUCUAAUGAAAUUUCACAGAAAAAAAGUGCAUCAGUCAUUUUUCCACUGCAUAAAAGAUACAUUUCAGAAUCACAAGCUUCAGAUUCAGAAUACCCAGCUCCACCGCCAAGUCCAAGCAAGAUCAAUAGGAGCAGAAUAAAAGCCGUUCCAAAAUUAAGUUUUAGAAAGGCUAGUUGCAGUGCUAGCGAAUCAGAAGACGAAACUAGGAAGUAUGGAAGGAUUAGGAAUAACUCAGUUUGUUCAGUUGCUUCGACUAGUACCUAUCUGGAACCAGCAACACCGACAUUGGAAAGUGUCCCUUUAAAAGAAACUCCAAUGCCGCCAAAGAAAUUAGUUAAAACUGAACAGUCAAAGAAAUUGGCAGAGGCAAAGAGAGAUUUUCAAAGACGUUUUGGUGCCAAACCCCCUGAAAAACAUAAGUUAAGAAUGAUUGACUUGAUUUAUUAUAAUCCUGAAACGAAUCCUAUGAGCCAACAAAAGUCCAACGAAAGUAAAUCGGAAACCAAUGAAAAAGAAACUGAAGAAGUGAAUGAUGAAGAACAAGUAGAUGAUCCAAUUGAACAACAAAAAGAAAAUGAUACAGACAAUAUGCCUGUGCCACAAAUAAAAAUAGGUCCUUCAGGAGAAAUUAUUCUAGAUGAACAAAGUUUAAUAGUAGAAAAUGCAGAAAUAGCAAAGCGAAAAGAAGAAAUACUUAACUCCUCUGUAGUCGAUGGGGACUUUGACACAGGGUACGGUAUUUAUAAGAGGGCACAGCGGACAGUAAACUGGACUAAAAAAGAAACGUUAAGAUUCUACAAAGCACUAAAUCUCAUUGGAACAGAUUUUACUACUAUGACUGAACUAUUUCCCAGAAGAACCCGUAGGGAAUUGAAACUGAAAUUUAAAAAAGAAGAAAGAACUAAUAGACAUCUUAUCGACAAAGCCAUCCUGGAACCUUGUAGUUAUAAUUAUACAGAUUUUAAACGGGAAAUGCAAACUGAAGAAGAGGAAGAAGCAUUUUUGAUAAAACUUAGAAAUGAAGAGUCCGAGAGGCGGAAACAAAGGAAGAUGGAAAAUUUGAAGGAGAAAGCAGCUAAAAAGGAGAAAAAAAUGAAAUCUAAAGGAACCUCAGAAGACUCGAACGAAAUCUCGGAACCAGAAACACAAGCAAAAAAAUGUAAAGCUAAACGAAAAAGAAAAUGUCUUACCAUCAAUAGUACUGAAGAUAGCGAUGAAGAUGGAGAUAUAUCAGAUACCAUACAUAGUGAUACAGACGAGGAAGAAAUUAUACCAUUCCUCAAACCAACUCGAUCAGGAAGAAUCCCAAAAGGUACCAUAAAAUUCACCGAUCCUCCAGAAGAGGUGUACAGACUGCCUAAAAAGAAAUUUUACAAGAAGCUCGAUGGCAAUGAACUGAAAGCCUCCCUUGAAGCAGAAACUACAGUUACAAAUUCACACGUUACGAUGCUAAAUCAUGCUGCACGAAAUCGUAGAUUAUCAAGUAGUUCCAGUGUAGAAUCAAACUCAGACCGAUUAGUUCCAGGUUCAGUAGUUAUAACUACAGAAGAAGGGCCAGACAAUGAAUCGGAAUAUAAAGUAUUUAUGGUAACUCCAGAUAAAAAAAUGGUUCCCUUGCAGCUAGACUCUAGUAUUAUAGAAAGGUUGAUUAAGGAACGACAGAGUGCUGAGUUCCCUUUGAAUACAGAGAAAAAUGUGACUAUACCCUCGAAUGAAGCAAAUUUUAUUAUAAAAGGGAAUGGAGAUAUUUUGGAGCAGUAGUUUUUUCACUGCCUUCGAUUAUUGGCAAUGUUAUGCUGACAAGUUCUAAGGCCAGGGUUACCCAAUUCCUUAAUUCCUAAUUUUUGUUCUUUGAAAAAACCAAUGUUAAAUAAAUUGAACUUUUUAAGAACUAAGAAUUAGGGACAAUUAUUAAAAAUUAAGGAAUUGGGUAACUCCGGCCUAAUAGGAUUUUAUUUUUGAAAUAGAGAUUCAAAAAUGUGAAUAGCAGCUGUAUUAAAAUAGACUUGUCCAGUAAUGUUAAUUUUAUUGUAUCUUUAUAUUGUAUUUAUUUGAUAUCUAGGUUAAGAGUAUAGGUAUAUAAGCUUUUUAACUGUUGAUGUGUUCUUUUUAUUAUAUUGGAAGUUUGUUUGAUAAAUGGUUUAUGUCUGCUCUAACAGAAAUCACAAACCAAUCAAAGCAUUUUUGAUUGGUGCAAAUCGCAAUCAACCAGUUUUCAACCAAUGAAAUCGGCUCCGACUGGUUUGUGAUUUCUGGGAGAACAGACCUAAUAUAAGAGCUUUUAUUUUCAGAGUAUGUAUUUAUAACUGUUCAAAAGCUAGAAUUUGCGAUAAACCAAAAUAAAACAAUGUUUUUUGAUAUUCUCUUUUAUUAAACACAAUAAAUAUAUAUCACAUAAAUAUUACCCAGAAUAACUCAUUAAUUUACUUCUAAUAUUAACUAACUAAUUAGAUUAAAAAAAUUCAAAAUAUAAUCUAGUCAACUUCGUCAAUUGUGGGUCCUGAUUGGGCGCCACCAAAACCUGCUUGUGGUCCACAGCCUGGCAUUCCGGCCCCAUAGUUACUCUGCUGGCCCCCUCCAUGAAGCUUGGCCAUUAUGGGACUGCAUACCGAAGUCACUUGCUUUUGUUUGUCCUCAAAUUCUUCCUUUUCAGCUAGUGUGUUGCUGUCCAACCAUCUUAGAGCUUCUUCACACUCUCUCUCCACUGUAGCUUUCUCAUUAGAGCUGAGCUUGUCCCCAUAGUCUUGUACUGCUUGCUUUAACUGGAAAAGAUAAGCUUCCAACUGGUUCCUAGCAGACACUUUUUGUUUUUGUUGCUCAUCUUCUUCUUUGUACCUUUCCGCUUCGGAGAGCAUCCUGUCGAUGUCAGCUUGAGAUAGACGGCCUUUAUCGUUCUUGAUGGUAAUAUUCCGCUCGUUGCCAGAGCUCGUAUCUUUGGCCGAAACAUUCAGAAUACCGUUGGCAUCCAAAUUGAAGGUUACAUCAAUUUUUGGAACUCCACGAGGCGCUGGAGGGAUGCCGGUCAAAUUGAAUGUUCCCAGAAGAUUGUUGUCCUUGGUCAUUGCUCGUUCACCCUCAAAUACUUGAAUAGUGACAGCUGGUUGGUUGUCAGCAUAUGUGGUGAAUGUUUGUGAUUGUUUGCAAGGGAUUCUUGCAUUUCUUUCUAUGAUUUUUGUCAUCACUCCACCAGCUGUUUCAAUACCAAGGGAUAGAGGCGUGACAUCAACAAGUAGCACAUCUUGGAUUUUAUUGUCUGUUUCUCCAUUAAGGACUGCAGCCUGUACCGCUGCACCAUAUGCCACGGCUUCAUCUGGAUUGAUGCUUAAGUUUAGCUGCUUUCCAUUGAAGAAGUUUUGCAAAAGUUGCUGAAUCUUUGGUAUUCUUGUUGAGCCACCAACUAAAACGAUGUCAUGAAUAGAGCCUUUGUCCAUUUUAGCGUCGGCAAGGGCUUUUUCAACUGGUUGAAGAGUUCCUCUGAACAAAUCGGCAUUUAGUUCUUCAAAUCUUGCUCUCGUGACUUUAGUAUAGAAAUCGAUGCCUUCAAAUAGAGCAUCAGUUUCAAUGGUGGCUUCGGUGCUUGAUGACAAAGUCCUUUUGGCUCGUUCAGCUGCUGUUCUCAGUCUUCUUAGAGCUCUGGGGUUGGAACGAAGAUCCUUUUUGAACUUCCUCUUAAAUUCUUCUGCUAAAUGAUUGACUAGCCUGUUGUCGAAGUCUUCUCCUCCAAGAUGCGUAUCACCAGCGGUAGCUCUUACUUCAAACAAUGAUCCUUCAUCAAUGGUUAAGAUGGAAACAUCAAAUGUACCACCACCCAAGUCGAAGAUGAGUACAUUUUUUUCGCCUUUCAGGUUCUUAUCGAGUCCAUAUGCUAAAGCGGCUGCAGUAGGUUCGUUGAUGAUCCUCAUGACAUUCAAACCUGCGAUGACGCCAGCAUCUUUAGUAGCCUGCCUUUGAGAAUCAUUAAAAUAUGCCGGGACUGUGAUAACUGCCUCUCUUAUUGGUUGACCGAGGUAUGCUUCUGCAGUUUCUUUCAUUUUUGUCAAGACCAUGGAACUAAUUUCUUCUGGAGCAAACUUUUUGAUUUCUCCUUUGUAUUCGACUUGGAUUUUAGGCUUGCCAUUGUCGCUGAUUACUUUGAAUGGCCAAUGUUUGAUGUCUUGUUGGAUUUUCUCGUCGUCGUAUUUGCGACCAAUCAACCUUUUAGCAUCAAAGACUGUGUUCGAUGGAUUCAUGGCCACUUGAUUUUUGGCAGCGUCUCCAAGAAGGCGCUCGGUGUCCGUGAAGGCGACAUAACUAGGAGUUGUUCGGUUUCCUUGGUCGUUGGCGAUGAUCUCUACUUUUCCAUGUUCCCAGACACCCACACAGGAGUACGUGGUGCCCAAAUCGAUACCAAUUGCUGGAGCUUUCUUUGCCAUUUCGAUUAACUUCACUUCACUUGUUAAAACACUAGACUAUCAAUACUUUCCGAUUUACUUUUUACGCGAGCGUUUACUUUGCUUUUGAUUGCUAGUUUUUGCUUUUAUCACUGUCACUGGUUUGAUUUCAACUG